AUGUCGGAAAACAAAUUCCACCUCCCCCAAGAAGAAGGCCACUUCAACGCAGCCCCAAGCCUAAAUCCACCCCCAACACCAGCAACAAAAGACUACAGACUAAACCACCUAGCCCUACGCAUCCAAGACCCAGCUCGCUCCCUCCACUUCUACAUCGACCUACUAGGAAUGCGAGUAAUCUUCACCAUGAACGCCGGGCCCUUCACAAUCUAUUACCUCGGCCACCCACCGGCAGAUGCAAAGACCUCGGAGGAUAUAAGCGCUUGGGCGAAGAGCACAAGCGAAAUCCCCGCUAUGACGAGGACUAGCGGACUUUUGGAAUUGUAUCAUGUGCAUGGCACGGAGAAUGCGGAUGCAGAUGGAUCUGUUUCUACGGGGAAUACCCCCCCGCAUCUUGGAUUCGCGCAUCUGGGGUUCACGGUUCCUGAUGUGGCGACUGCAGUGCAGAGGUUGCGGGAUGGUGGGAUUAAGAUUAUUAAGGAUGUAGGUGUUUGUUCGAGGGAGACUGUGCCACUUUCGGGGUGGGAGGAGGAGAGGGGGAUUGGAUGUGGUGAGAUCCAUGGGAAUUAUGCGUGGUUUUUUGAGAAAUUUGCUAUGGUUUCUGAUCCGGUGAGUUGA